AUGAACAGGAUUAAAGGUCUGGCGAGCACUGAGGGCGCUCCUGUGACUCCCAGAACCUGUAAGUCCGUCGGAAAAGCCACUCAGUCACCCGCCGAUUGGUCCGUCGCACUGAUUCCUAUGAGGACGCCUCAUCGACUGGAUGUGAGCGACACUCAGAAUCCGUCUGCCGCAGAGAUAAGCAAUUCUCCCAUCUGCUUAAACUCUGACACAAAGCUGCGCCUUGAACACCCCGCUUUAUCCGAGAGGCCCUUGAAUCUCAGGAUGCAUACGGCGUCUUAUUGUGGAGGUGAUAGACGAACUUGUGCGGCGGCCUCAAUUGAGCCACCUCCAAUAGCCUUGCGUAAUUUCGCAAACAGUGUUGUUCUCUUCUCCAACGUCAUCAGCUGUGAGGGGCUGACAGAACGAAUUGUGUCUGUGUGGGCCGACGCCUGCCCUCUCCUUUCAACGGAGACAAGCAAGGACGUCAGAAACCCACUCUUUGCUUGCAUUUGUCCUGCCCCUGCCGAUGCAGUUGCCGCAGUGAGAGAAAACGGAGCAUUUCAGGGCUUCGAGAUACUUUCGACGUGGGAAGAUGGACUAGGGGACAUCCUCCCCUCUAGCAUUGACUGUCAGGCCACGUGGAUAGUCCUUGCUGUGAAAACCAAACGCCCAGUCUAUUGCCCCCUUCAGGCCUGGAAGAAACAUCGUCUAUUCAUCCGGAAUCUAAAUAGUCCACCUAAAUUCUCAAUUCUUCCCGCCCUACCCAAGCAGAGUCUUAUCUGGAGCAGUUCAUGUCCCAUGAAGCACUUUCAGACGGAACAAAUCAUAUUAUCGGGAAACCGGUGCCUUCUCGUCAGGGGUCACCCAAAGGGCUUUGUGUCAAAGCACAGCACCGUUUUGAUGAAGUCGGCUAAACUAACGCACAAAUGGGAAGAUGUCUUGGAUUCAUUUGAAGGGGGCAUCGACACGCGGUCAGGGUCCACUAUCGUCCACGACGUGGAGACAAGACUGAAUCAUGUGACCUGCAGUGGAUGUUCAACCCUGGAAACUCUCACUGUGAGCAUGACUAGAAGUGGGCUUCUUGAGCGGCCAAUGGUUAAAACCAUUGUUAAAUUAGUAGAAGCUAAGUUGCUUCAGUCGGAACCCUGGAAACUAGCUGAGACCCGAAGACUCCAUCGAACAGCACCCACCCACCUAACCCGAACAUCCUGCCCCGACGGCGAUCGUUCCACGUCUGCCCUGCUAAUGCGCUCCGCGAAGACCUGGAAGACCUUUUGGCAAUGCAUCUGUCUGAAUGCUUGCAUCUGCGUAAGCCUGGUGACAGGCAAAAUCUAUUUUUUCCAGAUGAGUUCCGGCGAUUGGGCCUCCCUUUUCGGCGUGGUCUCUGCCUAUCUCACUGUUGUCUCAUUGGCUUCCUUCCAAUGUCCAAAGAGGCGUGGAAACUUUUGA